GGAAGAUUACGCACGGUCAGGGAUUUCAUUCGGUAGUACGGAAUUGAUCAGGAUGAAGGUGAUUGUAGUGCUAGCUCUGUGCCUCGCUGCCGUGGCUGCUGGUCCGGAAGAGGACCUAUGGUUGCGGUACAACAAACGUAUGCCUGGCGCGUACUACACGAUGAAGCCAAUCGAGAGAGCUCCAGUCAACGGCCGUAUUGUUGGAGGUGUCGAUGCUGAAAUUGAACACUUCCCGUAUCAAUUGUCGCUGCGUCGUGGAGGAUCUCACAGUUGCGGUGCAUCCGUUAUCUCCGACCGAUGGGCUGUGUCGGCUGCUCAUUGCACCUAUCCUACCCCAGAUGUGUCAGUUAUUACAUUCCGUGCUGGUUCCAGCAAUCGUCUGGAGGGCGGUAUCUUGUUUGACGUUGAUCGUAUCGAGAAUCAUCCGGAGUAUGACGACUGGAACUUGAUGAACGAUGUUUCUCUGUUGCAUAGCACUGCUAAUUUCGAAGGAGCAAAUAUUUCUCCAAUUGUUCUAGUGCCAGCGGGAACCGAUUACCCAGGAGGUACCCGUGCGGUUCUGUCUGGAUGGGGUCUCACCAGUGUUCCUGGUUCUCUGCCAACAAUCCUGCAGAUGGUUGAUAUUCCUGUAAUUGACCAGAGCACUUGCGUGGUAGGAUGGCCUUCAGGAUGGGUUACUGAUGACAUGAUCUGUGCAAGUGAACCAGGUCGUGAUGCUUGUAACGGAGACAGUGGCGGUCCAUUGGUUACCGGAGGACGCCAGAUCGGUAUUGUGUCGUGGGGUGCCAGUAACUGUCUGGGCAAUGAACCAGGUGUCUAUGCUAGCGUUGCUUUCCCGCUUAUUCGUAACUGGAUUUCGGAGGUCACUGGAGUUUAUGGAGUACCGGGCUUGCCACGCUUGAAACGCACCCGCAGUAUGCUGGUGCAGGAGCUAGUUGGGAAACUACCUCCGGAGUAUAAGCUCGAUUGGGUGCGUUUCAAACGUGGCAAGCCCGGUACUCUACUGCGAGUAUUUGCUGAUUUUGGAACUGAGAAAUACAAGCAAAAGAGGAAAGAAUACGUGAACAUCAACACGCACCAUCAACAGAACGCAUCAUCGAUGGCACAUUUUUCUUCUUCCGAUAGAGAACCAAUUGCGGUACGAUCGAUUCUUGGUUGGACGAUGUACGGUCCAGAACACGGAAGAAAAUCCUCGGAAGUAUUUAUUAACCACCAUCGUUCGAAUCCCGUAAUCAAUCAAGGCCUUCAUGAAUUGCUUCGGACGCAGUAUGCUUUAGAAGAAUAUUCAACGCAAGCUUUGAUAGUCCCAGAAUCAGACGAACAACGUCGUGCACGGGAUAUUAUGGAAAAAACAACGAAACGAAUUGGAAAUCGUUUCGAGACCGGUCUGAUUUGGCGAUACGAAAGCCCUUCGUUCCCGGAUAGUUAUCCCAUGGCAUUACGCCGCAUGAUGGCUCUAGAGAGGCGGCUCUCUAAAGAUCCGGCUCUGAAACAAAAUGUUUUUGAACAAAUGGACUAUCAAAAUAAAGGAUAUUGCCACAAAGCGUCUCUCAAUGAACUGAAUAUCGUCAAUCAACCCAGAGUAUGGUACCUUCCAUUAGGCAUUGUCCUUAACCCCAAAAAACCAGGAAAAAUACGUUUGGUUUGGGACGCAGCGGCUAGUGUGAGAGGCGUUUCUCUCAACUCCAAUUUACUUAAGGGCCCUGAUAUGCUGACAUCUCUUCCGGCCGUUAUAAGCAAAUUUCGCCAAAAGUGCAUUGCGUUCGGUGGGGAUAUACGCGAAAUGUACCAUCAGCUGCGUAUUCGUGAAGACGAAAAACAAGCUCAACGCUUUCUGUUUCGGUUCGACCCGAAAGACCCUCCAGAUGUGUACGUUAUGGACGUCGCAAUAUUUGGCUCAACCUGUUCUCUUUCAUCCGCACAGUUCAUCAAGAACCGUAACGCCGAAGAAUAUAGUCACGUCUACCCGGAGGCUGCAGCUGCAAUUGUGGAUAGACAUUAUGUCGACGGCUACUACGACAGCGUGGACAACGUAGAGGAAGCUGCGAGACGUGCAACAGAAGUCCGAUGGAUACAUUCAAAAGGAGGUUUUGAAAUCCGAAACUGGGCCUCCAACUCAGAAGAAGUCCUGCGACGUUUAGGAGAGCCAGCUUCGGAACGCCAAACUGAAUCAGUUAUUGAGCUCGGAGUGAUAAUGAAGGCCUUCAUAGUUCUAGCGCUGUGCGUAGCUUCCGCAUUCGCGGGAUACCAGGAAGACCUAUGGCUAGAGAAGAACAGUGUGCGCCCGUUGGGUAUGGAGAAUUUCGAAGAGCCACAGUACGAAGGACGUAUCGUUGGUGGUUCUGAAGUUGGCAUUGCUCAGUUCCCGUACCAGCUGUCGCUUCGGUCGAACGGUAACCAUAUCUGUGGUGCAUCGAUCAUCUCAAGUAACUGGGCUUUGUCGGCCGCUCAUUGUACUCACCCGAUGCCAUCGGUUGGCUCUAUCACUUUCCGUGGAGGAAGCGCCAACAGACUCAGUGGUGGAACCAUCUUCCAAGCCGCUCAGAUCGUAAACCAUCCCUCAUAUAACCCAAGCACCAUCGAUAACGAUGUCUGUGUCAUUCGAAUCACAACGUCUUUCACUGGAGCUAACAUCUCUCCCAUCACUCUGGUGCCAAGUGGAACGGGCUUCGGUGCUGGUACACGCAGUGUUGUGUCUGGAUGGGGUUUGAUGGCCGCUGGUGGAUCUCUGCCACAAAACCUGAGAGCUGUCGAUAUUCCUGUGGUUGCUCAAGCAACCUGCCAGAGUCAGUGGGGAGCUGGAAGAAUCACCGGAAACAUGGUUUGUGCUGGAGAGCCAGGACGUGACUCCUGUAACGGCGAUAGCGGUGGUCCGCUCGUUACCGGUGGACGCCAGUUUGGUAUUGUGUCAUGGGGCGCUGUGCAAUGCGGUGGUAACUUGGCUGGAGUUUAUGCCAACAUUGGUGCAGCUUCAGUUCGUAAUUUCAUCAGUUCGAACACCGGUGUGUAAU